AUAUCACUUGUAUGCCACAGAUCUGAGAUCCCACAGUUCAGGUAACACUUCGGCAUGAAAAAGCACGUUAAAUUCCUUGAAAACAACACCGAUAAAAGUCGUCUGCAUCACAAAAAGUCAUUUUUGCCUUUAAGGCCAUCUGGUCUCAACCAUGUGCAAACUGGAAAAACAAACUCAGUAUUUGGACAUAAAAUACAACCUGCACCUUUACAAGUGCCAGAACAAGAUCGGGACAUUACAACUAUUCAUAUCCCCAAGACCAUGACUGCUGCUCCAUUUUUACAGCAUCCAGGCCUGACACCAGGACAGAAGCGUUUUCUGUUCAGUAUCGCAGAGGCCUACAGCAAAGAGCACAUGCGGCAGCUAAUACGUCAACAUUAUAUGAACGUAUUACAUCGGUGUAUCCGGACAGUGCCGGAUGUGCAUCAUGUGAAUGUGAAACUGCAGAUGUCGACAUACACCCCAGACGUAGAACACAUGGCAAUCUCUCAGAGUAUUAACAAGAAAAAAAGUGCAAAGAGAUCUUCGACAUCAGAGAAAGUCAAGAAAACUACUUUCCCUAAAAUCGGCAAUCAUCAAAGAGUGUCUUCUGGAUUUGCAAAAUCGAAUAUGGGACAGCCAAGAAAAAGGAGAGCUACCAUUGCAGAACAUGUACAGGGAUCACGGCCAUGGGAAGCUGACUUUGAAUGGGAUGCGACUGAAACAGAUUCUUAUCUUGCUGGACACAUGAGUGGCCUGUCUUUUAAUGAAUCAGAAGAAGAGGACUUUAUAUUUCUUACCUAACGCAUCAAUCUAGGUUUUUGUCAUUUAUGAAAACUAUCUAACAAAAUCAUUCUUAAAACAUAUCCUAGACAAACAAUCCAGAUGUCCAAGACAUUUCAAAAUAUUUUAAUAAAUUGUCAAAUCUG